AUGGCCACCGAAGAUGCGCGAUAUCGGCUCUCGUCGCAAUACCGGCUAUGCGUACCUGCCUUCUCUUACAUAUGGUCCUUCUCUCGCGCAGAGCUAGCAUCGCUGCGCGAGAAGUCCAACUCCUUGGCGCGGGCGAGCAUCUCGGAGCGCUUCUCUUGGGCGUCGUCUUCGUCAGACAAGAACAAUAAUGACUGGUCCGCCUCAACGUCAAAUGCGAACACGCCCGACCCGGACGGCGUGUCUUUCCGCCUGCCCGAGUUCCUGACGGUCGCCGACCAGUCCCUAAUGACUACCUUCUACACGACGCAGCUGCUGGGCGCCGGCAGCGCCACGGGGUUGUCAGACGAAAUCUGUGCCACGGCCGCCGCCUUCUUCCGCAGGUUCUACAUCACCAACAGCAUCAUGACAUACUCCCCACAGGAUAUGAUGACUGUCGCGCUCUUUUUUGCCUGCAAGGCAGAAGGGUGGUUUACAAUGGUUACCGAUCUGAAAAAGCAACCCGUGGACAUCCUCGCUGGCGAAUUUCUGUUUUGUCAAGGCAUCCGCUUUGCUAUUGAUGUUAGGCACCCUUUUUGCCCGCUUAUAGGCGCUAGAAUGGAGCUCCGAAGGCUCGGCGAUAUCAAGGAAGAACGUAUCCGAGCUGCCGAGGAGCGUGCCAAGUCGAUACUGAGAUUCAGCUCGUUGAUCAUGCUGGCCGCGUUAUCGCUUGCUGAUUGCGAGCUGGCCAAACGACUUAUACAAGAAACCUUCCACUAUAUCACUUCGCCAGCUACCAACGGCACGCUUGCAAAUGGCGGCGAUGGUGCACCGAAUGAUAGUCAUCAGCCCAAGGGCCAAAACAAAGAAGCCAUCAUAGGGCAGCAGAUCCGGGACAAGGUACUCGGGACCAUCGAAGCGUGCAGGGAGAUGAUGGCGUAUGAAAUGCCGGAACGAAGCAAAGAACACUGGCAGAGCAAGAAGCUCAAAAAGUGUUGCGACCCGGACCGCUCAAACCUUGUUGCGCUGCAAAGAGCACGGCGCGAAGAGGCUUUCAAGAAGGGAGACUCCGACAACGGAGACCGGGAAGGCCGCGGAGAGACGGUCGACGACGACGACGCCGCCGUGUUUGGCGAAGCGGCCCGAGACGCUAAGAUACGAAAGGUCGCCAAGGGUCUCGACGACCCGUUUGGAGGACCCCUGUGA